AUGAAGGGUUUUCGUGAAAGGGGGUUUGUUGCUUCAUCUAAAACUACUACAACUGACACUCCAAAUAGUUCUUUCAUAUCUGGUUCUUCAGAACCAGGGUCCAUCGAUACUAAGUUUUCCAAGCCUUCUUUGUGGUCAAGCUUCUUUGCAUCUGCUUUCUCAGUCUUUGAUACAUAUCGCGACUCAUCUUCAACUAGUGAAAAUAAAGCACCUCAUAAUAGACACAGUAAUGGUUGGACAUCAGCUGUGAAGAAAAUUGUGGCAGGUGGCUCAAUGAGGAGGAUCCAAGAGCGUGUGCUAGGGACAAGCAAGACAGGGAUAUCUAACACAAAUAGUGAUAUAUGGCUUCUAGGUGUGUGCCACAAGAUUUCACAAGAUGACUCUUCUGGGGAUGCAGUUGCUACCAAUGCUAUAGCUGCAUUUAAUCAUGAUUUCUCUUCACGAAUUCUAAUCACAUAUAGAAAAGGUUUUGAUACUAUUGAAGAUUCAAAACUUACCAGUGAUGUAAACUGGGGUUGUAUGCUUCGGAGUAGUCAGAUGCUUGUUGCUCAGGCAUUGCUUUUCCAUCGAUUAGGGAGAUCUUGGAGAAAACCAUCAGCCAAGCCAUUGGAUCGAGAAUAUGUUGAGAUCUUACAUCUUUUUGGUGAUUCGGAGGUAUCGGCUUUCUCUAUUCACAAUCUUCUUCAAGCUGGAAAGGCUUAUGGCCUUGCAGCUGGGUCAUGGGUAGGCCCUUAUGCCAUGUGCCGCUCUUGGGAAUCUCUAGCCCGCUCUAAGAGAGAGGAAACCAAUCUCGAAUACCAAUCACUUCCAAUGGCUGUUUAUAUUGUUUCUGGUUGUGAAGAUGGGGAGAGAGGGGGAGCUCCAGUUCUAUGCAUUGAAGAUGCUGCUAGACAUUGUUCAGAGUUUUCUAAAGGCCAAGAAGAUUGGACUCCAAUUCUUCUAUUGGUUCCAUUGGUUCUUGGGCUUGAUAAAAUAAAUCCAAGGUAUAUUCCAUCCCUGCAGGCAACAUUCACCUUUCCCCAAAGCCUUGGCAUUUUGGGUGGGAAACCUGGUGCUUCAACUUACAUUGUUGGUGUGCAAGACGAGAAUGCUUUUUAUCUUGAUCCACAUGAAGUUCAGCCGGUGGUCAAUGUUAGCAGAGAUGAUGUAGAGGCCAAUACUUCUUCUUACCACUGCGAUGUUGUGCGUCACAUUCCUCUGGACUUGAUUGAUCCAUCCUUGGCAAUUGGAUUUUAUUGUCGAGACAAAGAUGAUUUUGAUGAUUUCUGUUCGCUGGCAUCCAAGCUGGCAGACGAAUCAAAUGGUGCACCGUUGUUUACAGUGGCUAAUUCCCAUAAAUCGUCAAGGCAUGAUAGUAGUGAGGUUCGAGAUGAUGAUUCCCUUGGUGUGAUGACUAUGAAUGAUGCAGAGGGAUGUGUAAACGAGGAUGACUGGCAACUCCUUUAA